CAUUUUCGCAACGCUUCCCCACCCUUCCCCUCUCCCCCAUUCUCCUCCUCCCCCGAUCUCCUCGCGCGUCGAAGACCCCUUCCAAACCCUAGAAAUACGCGUCCCCCUCUUCGAUCGGAUCCAAGGGUUUCUACUACUUAUUUGGGAUCCGAUGAGAUUCUCGUAAAAGGAGUCCAUAGCUUCUGCUUGUGCUGUGAUGGCGUCGUCACUGGUCAAGUUCCUGCUCUGUUUCUUAGUGGUUUGUGCCUUCGGAUGGGUGUUCUUCGUAUUCGCUGCCAGGUUUUUGGCUUGGCUAUUGAGCCGGAUAAUGAGCGCAUCUGUCAACUUCCAGCUUGUUCGGUUUAACUGCCUACGGGACAUUAACAUUAGAUUCAGAAAGGGUGCUGUGGAAUCUAUUUCUGUUGGUGAAAUCAAGCUGAGUACCCAGAAAUCACUAGUUGAGUUUGGUUUGAGUGUUAUAUCUCGGGAACCGAAGCUGGAAUUGCUGAUUUCUGAAUUUGAAAUAAUAUUGAGUUCUUCUGCACAAAGCACCAAGAAGAAGAAGAAAUCUCAAACUCGAAGGCCGCAUUCAGGAGGAAAGGGAAAAUGGAUGGUUUUUACUAACUUUGCAAGAUUUUUAUCAGUUCAUGUGAUAGAAAUAAAUGUGAAGGUUCCAAAAGCUGCGGUUGAAAUCAAGGAUCUGAAGCUUGACUUCUUCAAAACUGGAGGGUCCAACCCCGUUCUUAAUGUUAGGCUGCAGCUUACGCCUUUACAUGUGCAAGUGUAUCAUUCGCAGCUAAGCUCUGAACAGUCACUUAGUUUCAGCCAAGCAGACUGGUUGGUCUCUAAGCAAACACUUUCAGCUACAAAGGAAUGUGACUAUGCUCAUUUCAUUUGUGAGGACUUACUAGUUGCUUGUGAGUUUGAUCAUCACAGAGAACAAGGAACUAAGAUCAAGAACUUUGAUGUGACAUGUGGAGACGUCGCUGUGAACUUAACAGAAAACUUGUUCACUAAGAGGAAGCCAGCUGCCCUUAGUGGUUCUGAUGGCAGUGAAGAUACUGCUUUGGAUUCUAAAUCGGCUAAGAAAUCUCAAGGAAACAAAGUAUCAUCACUGAGGAAUUAUAUUAUUGUGCUUCCUGAAAAGGUUAGCUUCAAUAUGCCCAGGCUAGAUCUGAAGUUUGUGCACCGAGGCCACGAUCUUUCAGUUUGCAACAACAUUAGGGGCAUCUGUUUGAGAAGUAAUAUAUGUCAAAGAGAUGAAGAUUCUGGCGAAGCUACAUCACACGUUAAUCUUCAACUAGACUUUACUGAAAUCCAUCUUUUAAGGGAUGGUGCUAGUUCUGUGUUGGAAAUUCUAAAAGUUGCAAUUAUAACUUCUGUUGACAUUCCAAUGCAACUGCCAUUGCCAAUUAGAGCUGAGGUUGAUGUCAAGCUUGGUGGGACCAGAUGCAACCUUGUUAUAAACAGAUUGAAGCCUUUUCUUUUGCUUCGGUCAGCCAAAAAGAAGUCACUUGUUCUUCAUGAGAAAAGUCAACUAGAAAAGGUGCCAACAGAUAACACAAAGUUAAUUACGUGGUCAUGCAGAGUCUCUGCACCUGAGUUGACUGUUGUACUUUAUAGCCUGAAUGACUCACCAUUGUACCGUGUUUCCUCGGAAUCUUUUCAUCUCUUUACCAGCAAUAUGACUAACAAGAGUAUUCAACUACAUACAGAGUUUGGUGAAUUCAAUUUACACAUGGCAGAUGUCUAUGAACAGUCAAUGAAGGAAGGCUUAUUAGACUUAUUAGGCAUGGAAGGCAAUUCAGGCUCUUUAGUGCAUAUUUCCCGGGUUACUCUUGAUUUGGGAAACAAAGAUAUGGAAUCUAUUGAUGGGCAAGACAAUAGUACGUCAAAAUACAUUCUUUCACUCGCUAUAUCUGGAAUGGGGGUAUACUUCGGUUUUAAACAUCUUGAGUCUCUAUUAUCGACCACGAUGUCCUUAAAAGCACUGUUUAAAAGUCUCUCUCCUGGUAAGCGAGCUGCACAAAGCAAGACAGGGCGUAGUUCUAGCAAAGAAACUGCAAAAGGAGCACAAAUUUUAGAACUAUGUCUUGACAAGUGUUCUAUAAAGUAUUAUGGUGAAGUAAGUUUAGAAGAUGUGACUGUGGAGGAUCCUAAGCGUGUAAAUUACGGUUCUCAAGGGGGUCAAGUUGUAAUUAAUACUUGCAGUGAUGGUAGUCCACGCAGGGCAAGCAUCCACUCAACUAGCCCCUCUAAGUCUAAGCAUCUUAAAUUCCAUACAUCAGUUGAGAUUCUUAAUCUGACUGCGUCCUUGAAUAAGGAAAAGCAUUCGAUGCAGAUUGAACUUCAGAGAACUAGAACAAUAUAUACAGAACUAUCACAAGAUGAUAAACCAGGUGCAGAAUUGGCUCUAUUUGAUUUGCAUAAUGCAAAAUUUGUUCGCCGUUCUGGUGGUCUUAAUGAGAUUGCUGUGUGCUCUCUCUUUAGUGUGACAGAUUUAUUAGUUCACUGGGAGCCCGAUCCACAUUUGGCACUCCUUGAAGUGGUUACAUGUUUAAAAUCUGUUCUAUACAAGAUUAAGCUCCAGAACUCUGAUAACGAAAUAAAGGAGGAAGCAAUUAGUAUAGAUAAUGAAGUUGAAAAGGAAGCAACUGUGGAUUACAUGAAUCAUGAAAAGCCAAUUAAGAAAAGAGAGUCAGUUUUUGCUAUCGAUGUGGAAACGUUGAAAGUCUCAGCUGAGCUUGCAGAUGGUGUAGAAGCCAUGAUCCACGUGCAAUCUAUCUUCUCUGAGAAUGCAAGAAUAGGUGUACUGCUUGAAGGGCUUACACUGAGUUUUAAUGGCACCCGUAUAAUUAAAAGCAGCCGUAUGCAAAUUUCUCGUAUUCCAGUUUCUAUUUCGACCAAUCCACUUGAUUCAAAACUGCAGCAGGUCACUACCACAUGGGAUUGGGUUAUUCAGGGUCGUGAUGUUUACGUGUGCAUGCCUUAUAGGUUGCAGUUACGAGCUAUUGAUGAUGCGGUUGAAGACAUGUUACGCGGCUUGAAACUUAUUUCUGCUGCUAAAACAAAUCUUUUAUUUCCUGAAAAGAAAAAUAGUAGUAGCAAAAAGACCAAAUCUAAAUCAACAAAAGUUAGAUCUGUUCGAUUCAUCAUACGCAAACUCACAGGGGAAAUUGAAGAAGAACCCAUGCAAGGAUGGCUUGAUGAACAUUACCAUCUAAUGAAGAGGGAAGUUUGUGAGGAAACAGUUAGAUUGAAGUUACUGAAUGAGUUUAUUUCAUCAGGAAAUAAGAUACCAGAAAGUGUCAAAGAAAACCUUUUACAAUCUGAAAAGAAGAGUAAUCAUGAUGAAGUUGAUAUUGAUGAAUCUGAUCCUUCAGCCAUUCAAAAUUUGCAAGAAGAGAUACAUAAGAAGGCGUUUCAGGCAUAUUACAAGGCAUGCCAGAAAAUAUUGGUGUCAGAAGGAUCAGGGGCAUGUACAAGUGGCUUUCAGGCAGGAUUUAAAAUGAGCAAUAAGAGAGCUUCAGUCAUUUCGGUUUCUGCUACAGAAGUUGAUUUAACUAUGUCAAAAGUUGAUGGUGGCAAUGAAGGAAUGAUUGAGUUUAUCAAAAGGAUUGACCCGUUCUGUGCUGAUAAUGAGAUACCAUUCUCGCGGAUGUAUGGUAGCAAUAUUUCUUUAACUGCAGGAUCAUUAGCGGCCCAUUUACGAGAUUAUACAUUUCCACUUCUUUCUGCUACUUCUGGUAAAUGUCAAGGAUGCGUUGUGCUUGCUCAGCAGGCAACUUGUUUCCAACCUCAAAUAUUACAAGAUGUUUUCAUUGGGAAAUGGUGGAGAGUGUCUAUGUUACGUUCUGCUAGUGGUUUUACUCCACCCGUGAAGUGGUAUGCUGACUUGCCGUUACAUUUUCAUAAAGGGGAGGUUUCCUUUGGGGUGGGUUAUGAACCAGUUUUUGCAGACAUAAGCUAUGCUUUUACUGUAGCUCUCCGUAGGGCAAAUCUUGGUGUGAGAAACCCACAAACUAUUGAUAAUCAACCACCUAAGAAAGAACGAAGUUUACCCUGGUGGGAUGAUAUGAGGAACUACAUUCAUGGGAAACAUAGCCUGCAUUUUACUGAGACCAGAUGGAAUCUGCUUGGGACCACAAAUCCUUAUGAGAAAUCAGAAAAAAUACAAAUCAUUUCUGGUUACAUGGAGAUAAAACAUAUGGACGGUUAUGUGAGUCUCUCAACAAAGGAUAUCAAAGCUUAUUUACCUAGUCUAGAUAGUCUGGUAAAGAAUUGCAGCUUGAAACCUCCGCAUCAUACCUCUGUACCGUUCCUUAGUUCCCCUGCUUUCACUCUAGAAAUUUUCAUGGAGUGGCAGUGUGAAUCUGGCAAUCCUAUGAAUCAUUAUCUGUUUGCUCUUCCCAUAGAAGGGGAGCCUCGGAAGAAAGUGUUAGACCCAUUCCGCUCGACCUCUCUCUCACUUAAGUGGAACUUCUCACUUAGACCUACUUUGUCUGAGUCUUCACAAAGGACAGAAGCAGUUUCAGUUGACUCUCCAACUGUCAAUAUGGGUGCACAUGACUUGGCUUGGUUAAUCAAAUGGUGGAAUCUGAUUUACCUUCCUCCUCAUAAAUUAAGGACUUUCUCUCGCUGGCCACGUUUUGGAGUUCCAAGAGUUGCUAGAUCUGGAAACUUAGCAUUAGACAAAGUUAUGACCGAGAACUUCCUUCGUUUCGAUGCUACACCUGUUUGCAUCAGUCAUGCACCACUGAGGGAUGAUGAUCCUGCUAAGAGUUUGACAUUCCAAAUGACAAAGUUGAAAUAUGAAAUGUGUUUCGGCCGUGGCAAGCACCAGCAGUAUACUUUCGAUUGCAAGCGUGAACCUCUUGAUCUUGUUUACCAGGGCCUCGACUUGCAUUUACUGAAGGCAUAUCUGCAUAAAGAUAAUAAUAAAUCCACAGUUCAAGAUAUACAUGUGGGAAAAGAUAAUUUUGGUUAUGAAAAGUGCAACUAUAUGACUGGUUGCACAGAAAAAAACAGGGAUGAGGGCUUUCUUUUAUAUUCCGAUUAUUUUACAAUACGAAGACAAGCUCCAAAAGCUGAUCCCACCAGACUCUUGUCAUGGCAAGAAGCAAGCAGGAAGAAUCUCGAAAUGACCUAUCUGAAAUCUGAGUACAACAAUGGGAGCGAAAGCGAUCAUACACAAUCAGAUCAUAGUGAUGACGAUGGGUUUAAUGUAGUUGUUGCUGACAAUUGUCAGCGCAUUUUUGUCUAUGGUCUGAAGCUCUUGUGGAAUCUAGAGAAUAGGGAUGCCAUUUGGUCUUGGGCUGGUGGAAUAUCGAAAGCUUUUGAGCCGCCAAAACCUUCUCCCUCUCGUCAAUACACACAAAGGAUUUUGACAGAGAAACAAAAGUUAAAUGAUGGGUCUGAAAUUCCUCAGGAAGAUGUACUUGAAUCUUCUCCAAAUGCAUCUCAUUCAACUGAUUCUUCUACGCCACAACAUAUUGAGAAUUCAGAGUCACUUCCAUCCCAUAGCUCGAACAAGCUGGAUUUGUCAUCCUCUAAUGCUCCUGUGAGGCAUGGAGACAGUGUUGGCUCAGAAGAGGAAGGGACACGCCACUUCAUGGUGAAUGUUAUUCAACCUCAGUUCAACCUGCACUCAGAAGAAGCUAAUGGUAGGUUUCUGCUUGCUGCUGCCAGCGGCCGAGUCUUGGCUCGUUCAUUCCAUUCAGUUCUUCACGUUGGUUAUGAGAUGAUCGAACAAGCCCUGGGAACCAGCAAUGUUGUCACUUCAGAGACAAAACCAGAAAUGCCAUGGAAACGCAUGGAGCUGUCCGUCAUGCUGGAGCAUGUUCAAGCCCAUGUGGCACCAACUGAUGUUGAUCCAGGUGCUGGGCUUCAAUGGCUGCCGAAAAUCCUAAGGAGCUCACCAAAAGUAAAACGAACAGGUGCUCUACUUGAGAGGGUUUUCUUGCCUUGCCAAAUGUACUUCCGUUAUACAAGGCACAAAGGAGGAACUCCUGAGUUGAAGGUUAAGCCAUUAAAAGAACUGACAUUCAAUUCUCCCAAUAUUACUGCGACGAUGACGUCACGUCAGUUUCAGGUUAUGCUGGAUGUCUUGACCAAUCUUCUUUUUGCCCGGCCACCAAGGCCUCGCAAGAGCUGUCUCUCCUAUCCCCUUGAAGAUGAUGCUGAUGAAGAUAUCGGAGAGGAGGCCCAUGAAGUAGUUCCAGAUGGCGUUGAAGAGGUGGAACUUGCAAAGAUUAACCUUGAAAAAAGGGAAAGGGAACGCAAGUUGCUCAUUGAUGACAUUAGAACCUUGUCAGUUGAAAAUACUGACGGUUCCAGAGAUAACACCCUCUCUUCCCAACUGGAUGAUAGUUUAUGGAUGAUAACCAGUGCGAGAUCAACAUUGGUCCAAGGAUUGAAGAAAGAGCUGGCAAAUGUGCAGAGACUUAGAAUGGAAGCAUGCUCUGCAUUGAGGUUGGCUAUGCAGAAGGCAGCACAGGCUAGGUUGAUGGAGAAAGAGAAGAACAAAAGCCCUUCCUGUGCCAUGAGAAUUUCUAUGAGAAUAAAUAAGGUGGCAUGGUGCAUGCUUACAGAUGGCAAGUCGUUUGCUGAAGCUGAGAUAAAUGACAUGAUUUAUGAUUUUGACCGGGAUUACAGAGAUAUAGGUGUUGCUCAGUUUACAACAAAGUCAUUUGUCGUGAAAAAUUGCUUGCCAAAUGCUAAAUCAGAUAUGCUAUUAUCAGCCUGGAAUCCACCUCCUGAAUGGGGCAAGAAUGUUAUGCUUCGUGUCAAUGCGAAGCAAGGAGCUCCAAAAGAUGGAAGUUCACCUCUCGAGAGUUUCCUGGUUGAGAUCUACCCAAUGAGGAUCCAUUUGAGUGAGGCAAUGUACCGAAUGAUGUGGAGUUACUUUUUCCCCGAAGAAGAACAGCAUUCACAAAAACGGCAGGACGUUUGGAAAGUCUCAACUAUAGUCGGGUCAAAGCGAGUGAAGAAAACUACUUCACUCCCCGAAACUACAGAGACAAGCACAAAAUCGACGAGAGAAUUUGAUGCUUCUGGAAAAGCUUCCACUCUUACAGCAGCUUCAAUUACAGCUGACCCUUCUGCUCGAGGCGAAUCUUCCCGAAUUUCAAAGUCCCAUAAUGUCAAAGGCAAUAUCUUAUGUGGUUCAAAGCCAGAGCUCCGACGAACCUCCUCUUUUGACAGAACAUGGGAGGAAACUGUUGCCGAAUCCAUAGCUAAUGAACUUGUUUCACAAGUUCAGAGCUCAACAAUUUCUUCAACAAAAAGUGGUUCUUUGAAUAGCCCAACCGAAAUUCAAGAUGCUGCCGUUGAAGAUGCAUCCAAGAGUAGACUCAAAGACUCAAAGCAAAGUCGAUCUAAUCGCGUGUCUCAUGAAGAAAAGAAGGCUGGGAAAGCUCAGGAGGAGAAAAGAGCUAGGCCUCAAAAAAUGAUGGAAUUCCAUAAUAUAAAGAUUAGCCAGGUUGAAUUGCUCAUCACUUAUGAGGGAUCGAGAUUCGCCGUCAGUGAUUUUAGGUUGCUGAUGGAUUCAUUCCAUCGUGAAGAUUUUACUGGAUCCUGGACAAGGCUAUUUUCGCGAGUUAAGAAACAUAUCAUAUGGGGAGUUUUGAAGUCAGUAACUGGCAUGCAGGGCAAAAAAUUCAAAGGAAAAUCACACAACCAAAAGGAGACCCAUGCUAUUAUUCCAGAAACUGAUCUUAAUCUCAGCGAUAGUGAUGGUGGUCAAGCAGGAAACGGCGACCAGCUCCCAGUGUCAUUUAUGAAGCGUCCAAGUGAGGGAGCUGGUGAUGGAUUUGUGACAUCCAUAAGGGGAUUAUUCAAUUCUCAACGAAAGAAGGCCAAGGCCUUUGUACUGCGAACUAUGCGGGGAGAAGAGGACCAUGAUUUCCAAGGUGACUGGAGUGAGAGUGACGUGGAGUUCUCUCCUUUCGCUCGGCAACUGACCAUAACAAAGGCUAAGAAACUUAUACGUCGGCACACAAAGAAGUUCCACUCAAGAGUUUCAAUAAAUUCAGGGGUGACACUGCCUGAAGAAGGGGAUCCAUCAUCACAUAGGGACAGUGCCGAGUAUGAAAGUUACUCCUCAGAUGAAUCACCACCCCAUGAGAACGUGAAUUAGUAGGAAAAUCCAUCAUACAAUGUGCAGGAGUUCCUCGACCACUCUCUGAAUAAGUUGUGUGGAAAUCGCUAAAAGAGCUGUAUACUCAUUAAGCCCAUGGACUCGCAAUUCUUGGUAGGCGCACAGUGGUGACUUGAAUUUGCAGAUAAAGUCUUAGGUCACAGCUUUGCUAUCUUUAUCAAAAUAAGAAGAGCAUGAUCUUUCAUGGCAGUGAAGGUUUUUUUAUUUUUUUUUUCUUUGUUCUUUUUCUUCUUCUCUCUCUUUCUCGCCAUAAAGAGCAUAGUAAGCUUUACCAUGAUAACUUUUUUGAGGCAAAUAUUCUGACACAUUUCUCUGUAGUUCUUCAACACAUUUUGUUCUCAUUUUUGCUUAUUAAUAAGCUCAACGACCUCACAGUACAUAAUUGUAGUGGAAAGUUUCGUGACCUUGUAAAGCUUUUUGAUAGAUUUACGAAUCAAAAUGGUGCAACUGAUCUUA